AUGGAAAACUACUUUGACAAGAUAACAUCAAUUAAAAGGAAAACACCAUGUCCAUCUUCAUCAACAUCGAAGUCCAAUAUUGGUACUUCUGUUCCACUUCCUCAAUGUACAUCUAAUUUUACAACGCUUAUUAAUGUAGUUGAUUUGGAUAAUCUUCCUUCGGAUCCCUCUAAAAGACCAAGAAUCCUGAGUUAUAAUGUUAAUCAAAGAGAUGAAAUACGAUGUUGUUAUUGGCUUAAGGGAUCUUGUCAACCACGCGGCCAUAAAUUCCCGAAAAUAGAAAUUGGGAAUAAGUUUAGAGAGACCAUAUAUGGAAAACAAGCUGGUAAUGAUGCAUUUGUUACUAAAGGGUUUGAUGGUUGGAACAAAUUGGAUAGACUUUUAAUGCAUGUCGGUGGGGUUAAUAGUUUUUAUAAUAGAGCCUUAGAAAAAUGUGAAGAUCUAGUGAAACAAAAUCAAUCCAUUUCGUCAUUACCAUUUCGUGAGCAUGAUGAGUCGGAAACGUCUUUGCAUAGAGGACAAUUCUUGGAAACAAUUAAAGUCAUUCGGAAACUUUGUGAGGAUGUUCGUAAAGUUACAUUAGAAAAUGCCCCAAAGAAUAAUCAAGUGGUUUCACCAAAGAUUCAAAAAGAUAUUGCACAAUGCUUUUCACAAGAAAUACUUAAAGCUAUCUUCCAAGAAAUUGGUGAUGAUGUUUUUGUAUUAUUAGUUGAUGAGUCGAGUGAUGUAUCAAAGAAAGAACAAAUGGCCGUGGUUUUGAGAUAUGUUGAUAAACUUGGACUUAUUAAGGAGAAAUUUGUAGGUGUUAUUUAUGUAACAGAUACAAUUUCAAAAUCUAUUAAAUAUUCCAUAGACUCGUUAUUUAAUCAACAUGGAUUGAGUAUGGAAAAAGUAAGAGGACAAAGUUAUCAUGGGGCAAGCAAUAUGAAAGGUGAAUUUAAUGGUUUGAAAGCUUUAAUUUUAAAAGAUAAUGUUUCGGCUUUUUAUGUGCAUUGUUUUGCUCACCAACUUCAGUUGGUGGUUGUGGCGGUUGCAAGAAAUCACACUGGUGUUGGAAACUUUUUUGACAUGCUUUCCCUUGUUGUGAAUGAAGCAAUUGGUAUCAGUGAAAUUGAAACCGGGACAGGUCUAAACCAAGAGCUUUCACUAAUACGAGCUGGAGAUACACGUCGGGGUUCUCAUUAUAGAACAAUGUCAAGUUUGGUUUCUUUAUUGCCGAAGGUUCUAAAAGUCCUUGAAUAUGUUGAAAGUAAAGAACUUACAAAUUUGUUAUCUCAAGCUCUUCAAAAAAAAGAUCAAGACAUAGUUGAAGCAGUUUCCUUGGUACAGAUAACAAAGAAAAAAUUGCAAAAGUUUAGAGAUGAGGGUUUUGAAAAUCUUCUUGAGGAAGUAUAUUCCUUUUGUGAAAAGUAUGAAAUUGAAAAAGUAGACAUGUCGGAAAAUUAUGCAAGGAACCGAAGAGAAAAUACCGACAUCAACAAUCAACAUCAUUAA